CCCCCCACCAUCAACCUGAUAGAACCCGUCACUCACCCCGGAAAAGGGUACAACCAGACCCAAAAUGCCCCCCACCACCAACAACCGCACACACCUCCUCCUGGCGGCCACCGGCUCCGUCGCGACCAUCAAGAUCCCCAACAUCAUCACCGCGCUCGCGCGCCACACCCCGCACCUCUCAAUACGGGUAAUCCUGACCAACCACGCGCAGAACUUCCUGGCGGGCCAAUCCGCCGAACAACCCACCGUCGCCUCCCUGCUCUCCCUGCCCGGCGUGGAGGCCGUCUACGAUGACCGCGCGGAAUGGGGCCCGGAGCCCUGGACCCGCGGCGCAGACAUCCUGCACAUUGAGCUGCGACGGUGGGCGGAUAUCUUGGUCAUCGCGCCGCUUUCUGCCAACACGCUCGCGAAGCUGGCGAAUGGGUUCAGCGAUAAUCUGCUGACGUCGGUGUGUCGCGCGUGGGAUACGGAUGGGCAGGUGGAUGGGCGGCGGAAGAGGAUCGUGGUUGCGCCGGCGAUGAAUACCGCCAUGUGGAGGCAUCCGGUUACGGCGAAGCAUGUGCGCGUGCUGGAGGAGGAGUGGGGGGUUAGGAGGGUUGAGGGGUCUGGGGAUGGGGAGGAGACGGGCUGGUUUGAGGUCUUGCGGCCGCAGGCGUCGAAGGUCUUGGCUUGUGGGGAUGUGGGCAGUGGGGCGAUGUUGGAGUGGACGGAGAUUGUGAAGGUUGUAGAGGCGAGGUUGGGCUUGAGCGGGGAGGAAUGA